AAUUCAGACAACUGUCACUUUACGGGACAUUUAGUUAACCAAAGUAACAAUACAUGGGCUGCUGUUUCCACAUGUGAUCAGAUAAUAAGUGGUGUGUUUAGCGAUGGAACCGAUGUAUAUCAUAUCCAUCCUAAAGAGAACAGUCANCAUCCUAAAGAGAACAGUCAAUCGGUGAUUAUAUUUAGAGACAGCGACAGAUCUUCCCUCUCAUCCUUCAAAUGCGGUUUCACUAAUGAUUCGAUCAUUAAUUUGAUGUCCAACCGAAUCCGUCAAAAGAGAGCCGUAUCUGAUCCGUACGAGAGUAACGGUGUCUCUCGUUUUGUUGAAUUAGUUAUUGUUAAUGAUUACGAUGUGUUCACACAAAACAAGAAGAAUAAGACAAUCCUUUACAAUCAAUUGAAUAUAUUUGUGGUUUUGGUGGGAGUUGUGAUUUGGACCGAAAUGAAUGAGAUCACUCUAUCCACUGAUGGCGACCAAACACUGACCAACUUUUUACACUACAGAAGAGAGCGCCUCAUACCUAUCCAUCCCAAUGAUAACGCACAACUCAUCACUGGAUCUUCUUUUGAUGGCGGA